UCUCUCUCUCUCUCUCUCUCUCUCUCUCUCUCUCUCUCUCUCUCUCUCUCCUUCUGCUUCUCUAUGAUUUUGGGUCUUUCAUUCUGUGGAAUAUAAAUGAUGGCAGGACUAACGUUCUGGCAAAAGGUUUAAUGUGCAAAACUAUUUUUCAGCUAUUCAGCUGUGCACACGUUAUUUUCCCCGCUAAACUUUUUUCUUCAGUUUUGGACAUGACAGGAUUAAAAAGGAUAAUUACCAUUUUCAUGGUGGCUGCCUGCCUCUUAAGUCGUGGGAAGACGCAGGAUCGGGGUUCCAGCAGGAGAUAUGGAAGACAGGAUGGAUCCUCACUUGAGCAACAAUGCUCAAAUGGGUUUGAGAUGGACCGUACCUCGGGCCAGUGCUUAGAUGUUGAUGAAUGUCGGACUAUUGUCGAGGCCUGUAGAGGAGAUAUGGUGUGCGUUAACCAGAAUGGUGGCUAUCUCUGUAUACCACGAACAAAUCCCGUUUAUCGAUCGCCAUAUCUGAAUCCUUACCCUAAUGCGUAUCCUCCACCACCUCCAGCCCCAGCUCCUGCUCCCAAUUAUCCAACUGCUGCACGAGCUCCAGUCAUUUGCCGGUUUGGUUACCAAAUGAGCGAAGGCAACCAGUGUGUGGAUGUUGAUGAAUGUGCGUCUGAAUCACACCAGUGCAACCCCACCCAAAUCUGCAUCAACACUGAGGGAGGAUAUACUUGCUCCUGCACAGAAGGAUACUGGCUUUUAGAAGGCCAAUGUUUAGACAUAGAUGAAUGUCGCUAUGGUUACUGUCAGCAGCUAUGUGCCAAUGUACCAGGCUCCUACUCCUGUACAUGCAAUCCAGGAUUUAUCUUGAAUGAAGAUGGAAGAUCAUGUCAAGAUGUAAAUGAAUGUACAACCAACAAUCCUUGUGUGCAAAACUGUGUCAACACCUACGGCUCAUUCCUUUGCCGCUGUGACCCUGGCUAUGAAUUAGAGGCUGAUGGUAUUAGUUGUACUGAUAUGGAUGAAUGCAGCUUCUCGGAAUUUCUUUGUCAGCAUGAAUGUGUCAACCAGCCAGGUAGUUACUACUGCUUCUGCCCUGCUGGCUACGUUCUUCUGGAUGAUAUCCGAUGCCAGGAUAUUAACGAAUGUGACGUUGGGAACCACACUUGUACCUUGCAACAAACGUGUUUUAAUGUCCAAGGAGGAUUCAAAUGCCUAGACCCAAUAAGGUGUGAGGAGCCUUAUAUCCUGAUCAGUGAAAAUCACUGUAUGUGCCCAGCUGAAAAUCCUGGAUGCAGAGACCAGCCAUUUACCAUUUUGUACAGAGACAUGGAUGUUUCAGGGCGCACUGUGCCGUCUGAUAUAUUUCAAAUGCAAGCAACGUCCCGCUACCCUGGUGCUUAUUACAUCUUCCAGAUAAAAUCAGGAAACGAGGGAAGAGAAUUCUACAUGCGUCAAACUGGACCUAUCAGUGCCACUCUAGUGAUGACCCGUCCUCUGAAGGGGCCACGUGACAUUCUCUUGGACCUGGAGAUGAUUACUGUUAACACUGUCGUCAACUUCAGAGGAAGUUCCGUCAUUCGGCUGAGGAUAUAUGUAUCGCAGUAUCCCUUCUAAACCAAGAGUUUCAUUGCUUUACUUUGUAAAACACACACACACACACACCCAGCUGAAAAGGGCAUUAUCCCUUUUCUGCCAGAACUUUCUUCUCAGGAGUCAGUGCGUCUAAUAACUCAACAUGAAAUCAGCAAUAAAAGUUGCCAUAAUGGCUCAUAUUACAAUGAUGGGCCAGACCUCCUCCUCAUGGUUUGAAACCACCUGAGCAUUACAUUGCCAAUGGAUUCCAUAGGUGUUUUUCCUGCAAUGAUCAUGUGCUGUUAAGAAUCUUUUGUCUUGCUUUCCAAAACUUUUUAUACAGUGUGAUUAUAAGCUUAAGAAACUGUGAAGUUCUCCCCCUUUAUCCUGGCAAUGCUGUUUAGCAGAAUAACCAGAGAAACCGUGGGAAAUGCUGGCUUUUGCUGUUCUGCUCUCUUUUUUCUUCUGCUAACACUUGUGGAAUCAGGGAAGCACCAGCCGCCUUCUCAAAAAUGUCUGUGGAAUCAUCAGUUCUGACCCUGUUAUGUGUCUCUAUAGAAACUGCCCCUCAUUCAUCUUGCUCCCCCCCCAAUAGAAAAAAUUCCUUCUUUUCAGCCUGGGUUCUUUUCUGCCUUAAAACUCUGGGAAGAAUCAUGUAGUCACACAUGGCCAAAAGAACUGAAGGGAAAGACAGUGGCUCAGUGAUGGAGCAUCUGUUUUGCAAGCAAAGGGUCCCAGGUUUAAUCCCCAGCAUCUCAAGGUAGUGUUAAGGAUACCCUCUGCCCUGUCUAAAACCCUGGAGUCGUUGCCAGUUAGUGUAGACUAGCCUUUCUCAACCUUGGGUCCCCAGUUGUUUUGGACUGCAACUCAUUCCUAGCCAGCUUGGCCAGUGAUCAUAGAGGAUGGGAGUUGUGGCUCAAGAACAUCUGGGGGCCCAAAGUUGAGGAAGGCUGGUGUUGCCGAUGUUGAGCCAGGCAGACCAGUGGCCUGACUCAGUUUCCUAUAUGCUUGUUGAAGAGCUCCUCCACUAUCCAGGGCCAUGUGCUUGUAACAUGCCAUAGACAUUUGAUGCUGAAAUCUGAAAAACCCCACUGGACAUGCUCAAGCCACUGGCUUCACAUGUUGCAUCUUUUUGGAUCCCAGCCACUACCAGGCACUGGGUUUUGAUGGAAAGAUCACUAGUACUGUUUAAAAUAUUUAUUAUACAGGGCCUGGUUCUCCAUUUACAAUUUGGGCUCCAUUCUUGUGAUUUAUAAUCACAAGACAGUCUGCUAUAGAUAAGGAGCUGCGCUAUGAAAUCAAACACAUGCAGGUCACAUUUCAGUAGCUCUGAGAAACAGUCUGCAUUCUGAACACCAAGAAGAGGCUUCUUUGUUCUCUUCUGUUAGUAGGGAAAGCAAUACCUAGGGUUGUGGCACAGUUCAGUGGUAAAAUGCAUACACCUGGGGGCAGCGGGAGAAAUUCCGUUCAGUUCACAUUUAAAAGCAAAACUUGCAAAAUUGUACCUAGUGAAACAAUAUGCUGACUAAAGCACAGCCAUCUUUCUAAAUUCUCACUUCUCCAAAUUUUGCAAUGCAGUUCACACAACUCUGAAUUUUGCGACUCUCUUCUCCAGCCACGCAGUGUAUGCAGAGAAAUGCAUAUAUUUGUGAAAAUGACAUGCUAAAAUGCAUUGUUUUAGGGGGAAGUGCCUUGCAAAAAUGUGUAUAUUAGGGAAGACAGCAUACAAAAAUGUGUAUAUUAGGAUAAAUUGGCUCUAAAAUGCUGAUGAAUUUUCAUGAGUAUUUUUUAUUUAAAAAGUCACAGGCUGAUGUGGAAACACAGAGAACUGAAUUUAAGGCUGGAAAAUGAGAAACAGAGAGAAAUAGAAAUUGACAGGUUCGCUCAUCCUAAGCACACACAAGAUCCCGGUCCAGUUCAUAGCUCUCCAAUUAAAGGAUCUCAGGUACCAGACUAGGAAAUAUGUCUGUCUGAUGCCAUGGACUGCUACUACCAGCAGCAACUGUAGACCAUUUGGGAUAGAGCAUUUCCCUUUGGGGAAAGAGAACCUGUAGCUCUGUAUGAACUACACACAGUGGCUCAUGCCCCAAAUAACCAUUUUUAUGUUGCAUGACAUUUAUUUGCUUUGGGGAACUUUUUAUUUCUUGAUUCUUAACCAUUUCAAGAUGUGAACUAUUUCACUCUCUUCUGCUUCUGUUAGAUUGCUUCCAAGGUUGAGCUGACAUAGGAUUUAGCUAAUGUUAACUAGUUACACAAGACUUAACAGAGCAAUCCUAACCACAUCUAUUCAGAAAGAAGUCCUAUUAAAUCCAACAGAGUACUCCUAGGCAAGUGGGGUGACGAUUGCAGCCUUAGUCUGCUCUCUUAAAUGCACAUCCCAAAUAGCACAUUUGCUCUGAAUUUCAAAGGUAGCUCAGCAGCCAAGACAGCCAGGGCUAGGAAAUUUAAGAUACGAAGAUAUUGCCUGUGCCUCACCUGGGAUUAUUGUGGUUGUACACAAUAAUGCUCUUCUAAAAUCCCAGCGAGGUACAGCAAGAAGAUAUUUAUGGGAGCAAAAAAUGAAACCAAUUAUAUUUAGGAUACAACUGUGAAUGUGGCUCCUAGUUUUUUUCAUAAAACAUGUUUUCUUCUUCCAAUAUUGUUUGAAGGGUUGAUUUCUAGCACCAUUAGUGUAACAUGUGCACUUCUAAAUAAUUUCAACAGAUCUGCGUAACAAUAGAUAGUCAUGAAAUUUAUUAAUAUUAUUACUGUAUCUUGCUUAGUUUUCACAAAGGUUUUUGAGAGAGGAACAGAUUGUUCAGGAAUUUAAAACAUUAAAUUGUUCAAAAUUUUAAAAUUCAAGUCAAUUAUAAUGAAUCUAUAUGCUUCGUU